UUGCAAAACACAGAGAUUAUGAGUAAUAAGUUGGAAGCUUGCGAGAUAAAGAAUAAGCAAAUGACGGUUCUACAAAGUCAGUUGGCAGUUCUGAAAUUAAAGGAGAACAUUUGCGAAAAGACAAUUAGGGAAAAAGAAGAGAAAUGUAAAAGCCAAGAACAACUUGAUGCCGAUGUAAACUCCCUUAAAAAUCUGAUGUUACACUUGACAGCUCAAUCCAGAAAGGAUGAUCAAAAACUUAAGGAACUAUUAAAACAAAUGGAAGAUUACAGGGGGAUAAUUGAAAACAAGAAUGAUUUAAUAAGAUCACUACAGACAAAAUUGCAGAUCAAUGAGGCUUUCAACUCAAAUUUUACAUCAAUUCCAGCAGCCAUGUUGCUAAACGAUAUUAAACCAGAAAAGCAGGUUAAAAUUUUUGAAACAAGUUGUUUAAGUAUUGGAGAAUUUUCGGAAAUAAGGGAAAUCCAAGUUCCCGGACUAGAUCCAUUUCCUGUGCCCUGCAAUGGAACUAUCGCUGGUCCUGGCUGGACAAUAAUUCAACAAAGAGUUGAUAAUAGCGAGAACUUUAACCGAAAUUGGACUGAAUAUCGGAAUGGCUUUGGAGAUCUUGAAAGAAACUUCUUUAUUGGCUUGGAAAAAAUUUAUCGGAUGACAAGUUCGCAGCCACAUGAACUAUAUAUUUAUCUUAAAAAUUUUGAUAAUGAAAUCCGUUAUGCUCACUACAAUAAUUUUAGUAUAGGAAGUGAAAGUGAUGCUUAUGAACUUAAAGGCUUAGGGGAAUUCUCUGGAGACGCCGGUGACGCCUUGAAGUUAAGUAAAAAUAUGAAGUUUACUACUUUCGACCGGGAUAACGACAAGUAUUAUGCUAAUUGCGCAAAAGAACGUAAUGGUGGAUGGUGGUAUAACCAAUGUGCUUUGGCAAAUCUUAACGGACUUUACUUUGAACGAGAACUGGAUAAAUGGGAAGGCAUUUUUUGGCAUAAUUGGAAAAAAUUUCGAACUCUGAUGUCUGUGCAAAUGCUGAUCAGACCAUCGAAGGAAACAACAGUGAAAAAAUAACUAAUACUUUGUUAAUUAAGAAAUACCUUAACCAAUUACAUUUUUUUAACACUAAUAUAAACAUUAUUUCAUAAA